GACUUCUAAGAGACAAAUUAAUCUGGAAAUUGAGUUGACUGGAAGUUGCUAUCGCAUAUCGGUGAACGACAACGAUUUGACGGGGUUGUGGAUCAAAAUAAAAUUAAAAUCACGACAGUAUGACUACCGGUACUUCCAACCCAUCUCACCUUUUACCUCUUGAACUUGUUGACAAAUGUAUUGGCUCCCGGAUUCACAUUGUUAUGAAGACAGACAAGGAGAUUGUUGGAACUCUGCUUGGCUUUGAUGACUUUGUCAACAUGGUACUUGAAGAUGUUGUAGAAUUUGAAACAACAUCAGAAGGUAGGAGAGUCACCAAACUGGAUCAGAUUCUUUUGAAUGGGAAUAAUAUUACAAUGCUUAUCCCUGGAAGCGAAGGACCAGAAGGUUCAGAAGUUUGAUUGUAGGCUCUACAUGAGUGAAUCGACAAUCAUUUGGAGAACAUUGUACAGCUGAUCACUUGUAUGAUUAAAAAGUUUUUCAAGAAGGACGUUUUCUGUGCAUUGUGACCUCUCUGUUGGAAAUACCGAGGGUAGCAAACUGAUGAAUCAUCCAUAUUUCAGGACUGUCAACACCAUCAAUAAUGCUAUCUAUUAUUUGAUUUUGAAACCUUACCCUGUAAAUAUACUUUUUAUAAAUCAAAGUGUCUACAUAGCUCCAAGCUUUUAUUUUGUUUUAGUCAUGUUAGUAGUUUUCAGGCCCGGGUCCAACUGACCAGUGCCCAACCAAUGCUGCCAGUCACCGGGGCAAUUUCCUGCAGACCAGCUAAUGAAAAAAAGUAAUUAAAAAAAAUACAGUCAAAGAAUUUGACAUUUAACCAGGUUAACAAGUAAAUUUUAAAACGUCUUUGUAAUUUUAAUCCUUUAAUUGCUAUUCAAGUCCAAACACUACAUUGCAAAUGCUAUGGGUAGUUGUGACAAUUCCUUAUCUUUACAAAGUACUCAAUUGUCAAACACCUGUAAUCUCACAAGACGUAAUUCUCUGUUUUCUGUACCUUUCUUCACAACUUAGAGGUCGUACUAUCAUAGUAUUAGAAAUUUAAAUUUUUGAUAAUUUCAAAAUUUAACCCUCCCAAAUAGCCUUUAUACAUGUUUAAUUUUGUUUAUCACAAAAUUGACGUAAUUCUCUCUCUUCUCUCUACCUUUCUUCAUAACUUAGAGGUCGUACUAUCAUAGUAUUAGAAAUUUAAAUUUUUGAUAAUUUCAAAAUUUAACCCUCCCAAAUAGCCUUUAUACAUGUCUAACUUUGUUUAUCACAAAAUUGACGUAAUUCUCUCUCUUCUCUCUACCUUUCUUCAUAAAUUAGAGGUCGUACUAUCAUAGUAUUAGAAAUUUAAAUUUUUGAUUAUUUCAAAAUUUAACCCUCCCAAAUAGCCUUCAUGUACAUGUUUAAUUUUGUUCAUCACAAAAUUGUUUCUGACUGCUGAAAUCUUCUAGGGAUAGUUUUUAAAACGGUCAUGAAUUGUAGACAUUCCUUUCCUAGCACACUACAGGGCUAGGACCUUUUCCAAAAUUAUCAGGAAGCAGGAGCCCAUUCACACAUUAUGGUUGAAAGUCCUAUACUUUAGUUUAAUCCCUAAGCAUUGCACUGUAAUAAUUACACUGUAAUUCUGUGGCUUGCACAGUCACACCAAUGAAACAGACUCUAGACCGAUCAAACUAACAUUUUCAAAAGCAUGCUAUUGGUCGGGUUUAGAGUCGGUAUCAUUAGUGUGACUGCAACAUUAUAGACAUCUGAGGAACCAGGGGGGUGUUUCACAAAGAUUUAAGUAUGACUUAGAGUCGCACUUAAAUACCGAGUUGCGUACGGUAUAAAAGGCUUGACCACAUUGGUCAGAUCGUGUCAUGAGGACGCGCACUAAUGCGAAUCUAUCAUUAAGAUCGCGCGUUGCAUAUCAUGUACGCGUCGGCAUUUAAGUGCGACUUAAAUCUUUGUGAAACACCCCCAAGGACUAGUGUAUUAAUGUACCAUACUUUAAAAAAAAAAGUAUUUGUUGAAAAGUGGUAAAGGUUCUGUAUUUUUUGUACAUACUGUAUUUGUACUCUUGAUGGCAACACUCUUUAAUAAAAAAGAUCAUGUUCAUAAACAUGUA